AUGGAUGGAAAUUGCAUUCCUGAAAGCAAGAUAGGUCGCCAGUAGCUCUACUAGAGUCACCCUCAAAAAUUCAGCCAGAGUUCUUGCUCUUGCUCCAUCUGUUCAAAUUGCCAUGGUCUGAUCUGGAAGUACAGCCUCAAUGUGUGCCACCAGUGUUUCCUUCAGUACGUGAUGGAUAUAAGAUUAAUCAAGUUGAAUUAA